CCGAGCAGCGCACCACAACAAUAUCGCCGUGGCAUUGUUCCAGCAUCGACACUUUGUCGGCUCCCGUGAGCCCGCUGGCCGACGCUGGGAAAGUGCCGAAGGCCAUUGCAUCUCACCGUCCAAGGUCGCCCGUUCGUUCCCGUGUCCGUGCCGCUGGAGUGUGAAUGUGACAGCUCCACUUCACUUCCUACCAUCCAGGAACCCUCGAUUUGCGCGCGCCGGCACGUGAAAAAAAGGCUUCGGAAAACUGCACGCCACAACCGUCUGGUCCAACGUUGCACCGCGCGCUCCAUUGACACGCACAAUACCACCCACAGCACCACCGACCACGACACGUACACACGCCUGCUAAGCCUCGCCCUCGCCCUCGCCCUCGCCCUCGCCCUGCUGCGCUGAGAGCUGCGUUGGCAAAAGACACAUUCCUUGCAAACCGAGAUCAACGCGCGCCACCUCGCCAACAAUCUGAGAAUCGGCUGCAGGAGUCUGAGCUGCUAUUGGCGCAGGAGUGAGCUUCGUGAUACAGGUACAGAGCGGCGCGGCGGACACGUGAAGGAGACACUGUGAGAGACCUCUGCGGCGAGCGUGAAGACCGCCCAGCAUGGUGGUCGCGACGAUAAAAUGCGUGGUUGUGGGUGACGGUGCCGUGGGCAAAACGUGCCUGCUCAUAAGUUAUACCACCAACAAGUUUCCGUCGGAAUAUGUACCGACAGUAUUCGACAAUUAUGCAGUAACGGUGAUGAUUGGCGAUGAACCGUACACUCUUGGACUUUUCGAUACCGCUGGACAAGAAGAUUACGACCGUCUACGACCGCUAUCAUACCCCCAAACCGACGUGUUCCUCGUUUGCUUUUCAGUCACAUCGCCUGCGUCCUUCGAGAACGUCAGAGAAAAGUGGUUUCCAGAAGUACACCACCACUGUCCUGGCGUGCCAUGCCUGAUUGUGGGCACACAGACGGAUUUGAGAGAUGACCCACAAGUGCGAGAAAAGCUCGCAAAGCAAAAGAUGCAGCCUGUCAGGAAGGAAGAUGGCGAGAAGAUGGCUAAGGAACUCGGUGCCGUUAAGUACGUCGAGUGCUCGGCGUUGACGCAGUUCAAGCUCAAGGAUGUUUUCGAUGAGGCCAUCGUGGCUGCUUUGGAGCCUCCAGCAGUGAAAAAGCAGAAGCGAAAGGGCAAGGGCUGCACGAUACUGUAGGCGAUGACGAAGAAGCCUCGCAGAUGGAAGACGACACGGCUACUACGAGAGCGAAACGGCCAGCAAUGCGAUGCGGUGCGGUGCGAGGUGCCCCCAGAUAGACACCAUUCUUCCGGAUCAUACCAGUUGGGCGCGCGGCGUUUUAAAGAUGGAGCGAAUUCUCAGGACUACUGCUACACAAGGCACUCAUACCAGGUUUUCCCGUACAGCCUUGAUUUGUUUUGUUGUUGCAUUCUCUUCAAAGCCCGCUUUAGCUUUUUUGUUGCAUUUGAAUCGUAAAGUGUUGACUGG